UAUUAUUGAAGCAGCGACCCCACGCCUUUGUUUAAACUCUUUCACCGGAAGACGGCGUUUUUUUUUUAAAUUAUUAUUAGUAUUAUUAUUUUGUUAUCGCUUCCUACUUUACUGUGAUAUUAAAUGCGUGGAAUGAAAAGUCGACUUUUUUAGCACCUUCCAUUUACAUUUCACAUUGAGUCUUAAAGGAUGCGUCACCUGGACGGAGUGUGCCAGUAUUUUGAUCUUCUUUCCCGCUUUGGGGUAUUUGAUUAUAUCCCGCAUGGAGAUUUGACAUCCUAGAAUUAACUGUGACAGCUGCUCGACAAGUGCUGUCACUUUUACUCUGCAGUUAGUCUGCCUUCAAAGUUGUUCUACUGCAGCCGUGGUGGAGUGAAGGAGCUGCCACAGGAGCAGAUACAUAUUGUGAGGUUGCUCAACUCCAAGGCCAACUGCUCCCGUUCACUUGGCAACACAAUGCAUGAUGUGCCCAAGGCUUUCAGAGGGAAGCAGUUUUCAGAGACGAAUUAAAUAUGCAGAGCCCUAACUCUCGGACAACGUCAGGAGCAAGAACUCACUCUCAAAGCAUUCAGGUUCCAUUCACCGCUGAGCUGAGGAAUCUGACAAAAAGCAGCGCACGUUUUGGGACCUUGAGUCAUCACUCGUUUUUCUCUCGGCACAAUCCCCAUCCUCACAGGGUGAGGCAUAUUCAAGGCCUCAAUGGAAGACCUGUCUGCACAGUGAAGGAUGACUGGUUUGUCACCUCAUCAUUAUUUCCUCACCCGCUGCUCAAGAGCCAUGCCUUUAGGAGAGCAACUGACCCCUUGUUCCCUUUCCCCGCUGCUCAAAGUCUCAACGAAGUUGGUGGUACAAAAAAAUCAGCUCUUUUUUCAGAGGCCUGGAGGGAGGAACUUAAGGAACUGGCUACAAAAGUCAAAUCGUUGUCUCAGGCAAACAAGGACAAAAGAGAGGUGCAGCCAGAAGAAGAAUUGAUCAGAAGAAAAACACAAUAUUCAGCUAAAACUGGAAGAAUCAUCCCACCUCCCACAAAGUCUUACCAGUGGAGACCUCAGCACCUGAUUUAUCCCCAGCCCUUCCACGAUCAAGAACUCAUGGUUUUGGAGCUGCUUUGUCAGAUUCUACAGACAGAUUCCCUGUCCACAGUCCAGCAGUGGCUCCUGCUCGCAGGUCAACGUGUCACGUUGCACUCCACAGAGAAGGAUCUGGUGAUGGGGAUGAUCAAACAUGCUGUGGAUGGUGUUGACCUCACUGGUCGUAACCAGCCCAACGUCCAUCUUCAGGCCUUUCAUGAAGGGUCUUCUCCUCCGCUGGAUCAACCAUGGAGGCAACCAACGAGAACAUGCCAGACACAGCUAGACAAAAUGAACCGGACAUCCAAUGAGGACAGACCCCAGAAGAUCGGAGAUGCCGAGGUCCUUGAAGUCCAUGCAGAAGAAAGCAGUCGUCCUCAACGUCACCCUGUUUAGCAUUAGCACAGCUACAAGGGCCUCCUUCGUUCAACACUGCGAUGACUGUAUCGCAGUUGUUCUCUAAUGGAAAAAAAAGGUUGUUUUGUUGUUUUUUUUUCCUCUUCUCCUCCCCACGUCCUCUGUGGUGUUCUUUACUCCAUUGAAUUUUCUACGUAGGUGGUUCGAAAUGAUAAUAGAUGAUAGAAAAACAACACAAUAUAUCUUGAAAAAAUGUACAUGAUAAAGAAUACUGUAGUUGUUCAACAAUAUAAAGUACAUUGUUAACGCAUGCAUUAAUCUGGAGCAGACCAGAUUAGCUUCUUUCCUUUAAAGACUCCAUGGCACCAGUGUCCUAAAGGCAUUCUUAAAUGAUUUUGGUGGUUUGUCAAAGUGUUCUACUUAAGUUGGAUUUCAUAAAUAAUGCAUUUUCCCAAUUUUCCCUUAUGUAUAAAUGAUUUAGUUUAGUUGCCAACCUUGUAUGGGGAGGAUGUGUCACAUGACGGAUGUAGGGAGGAAUGAAAACAUCGAUCAGGCUGAUUUCUGUCACUCAUCCACAGGAAGACUUUCUCACACAGUAUUGGAUAAUAGAAAAAACUCAUAUAAAAAUACCAGCUCAGAUCUCACACCAGAUUGACGAGGCUCUUCUACAACAACCGAUGACACAUUCUAAGGCAGCUGUAGAAAAAAAAAUACAUUUGAAUCACAGUGACGAGAUAACAUGGACGAACAGGAACGGUAAAUGACCACAAAUGCUCCCCGGAGCUUCCUGUUGUCGAGCCAACGCCAUCAACAAUUGUAUAAUAACAGGCCAACCGAACAAAGAAGACACAGUGGACAAUAGAGACACCUCUGUGGUCACUGAGCUUCACAGGAAGAUAAAAGAAAUCAUUUGUUCAAAAUCAUAUUGCAUUAUAGAUUCAAAGACGUGUAAUCUGUAAUUUUAGAUAACACAGAAACGGGCUUAUUAUACUGAAGCACUGUCC